CGUACGUGACUUCCGGUCGGUGAGACGUGGCUUGGGGUAGGAUAAUCAACAAAACAGUUAGCUCAGACUCCCACACUCCUUCCUCACUUCUAGCUUUGACUCAACCGUGCUGGAUGGCAGGGGCAAGCCGGAGCAAGCGUUUCAGCAAUCUCAGCAGGAUUCAUUUCUGCAUUGCAGCACCCUGCAUGUUGAUCAGAAGCACUCUGGAGAAGUCUGGCCUCAUGAGCACCAGUCCUGGGAGGCCCAUUUGGGCUCUGGCUGCUCUUCUGGUUGGUGCCGCCUUGCUGACCGCCACCUCUACGUCUUCUUCCAGUGGGAAGAAAGUAGCUCAGACAGCACUGGCUCAUGCGACAGCGGCUGCUACGGGUCCAGGUUCCUGGUUUGCUGAGGAGAUGCUUGGCUUCCACAGCCUCACCAAGCUGUUGUCCAGAGAGGGUGCAGAUGUUUGGUUUUGCUCCCUUGUGGGCUCCAUUGCUGUGGGGCUGAGUGGAAUCUUCCCACUUUUGGUGAUCCCUAUUGAGGCAGGUGCAGCACUGAAAACUGAGGGUAAGACACACCUGCUUAUUGUUCUCUCUUCCAGUGAGGGAUUUUCAGAUAUACUGAAAUACGUCCACACAGACAUGUUGUUUUAGACAUGCACGUGCAGGCAGCGUGUGCAAUUCUACCGUAACCAAGGCUUAUGGGUGGUUACGGGACUGUUGUCCUUCCUGCUGCUGGAGAAGAUGUUUCCAGAUGAGGACAGUGCUUCUGAUAGUGCCUCAGACAGCAGUGCAGCAAACCGUGAAAACAUUACCUCUUCUGCAGAUCACAAGUGUGACUGUUUUACUUCAGAAAUAAACGGCAUCUGCUCUAACAACAAUUCCGACUCCAAGCCAACCACUGACAUCGGCUCACAGCCUCGACAAGAGAAGAUAAAGACGAGUGGCUAUCUGAACCUUCUGGCCAACUGCAUUGACAACUUCACCCACGGCCUGGCAGUAGCAGGAAGCUUCCUAGUCAGCAGGAAGGUUGGCUUUCUGACAACCUUUGCAAUCCUGCUGCAUGAGAUCCCCCAUGAGGUGGGAGAUUUUGCAAUACUGCUACGUGCUGGGUUUGAUCGCUGGAGUGCAGCACGCAUGCAGUUAUCCACGGCACUGGGUGGAGUUCUGGGGGCGUGUUUUGCUCUUUCUGCUCAAUCGCAGCAAGGCGCAGAAAAUGCCACAGCCUGGAUCUUGCCCUUCAGCUCUGGUGGCUUUCUCUACAUUGCAUUGGUCAAUGUGGUGCCUGAUCUUCUACAGGAGACAAACUUCAGACAUUCUUUACUACAGAUCCUGUUGAUCUUUUGUGGCGUCGGAGUCAUGGCACUGCUUUCUGCCAUAGCGGAAUAGAUACAGGAUGAUGUUUCUCUCACUUAAAGACUAUCUAAAUGAAAGACUGCCAUCUACCAGGAUGGAGAACUGAUGGACAAUACACUCCACUAUUUAAGAAAAAAAAAUAAAAUAUAAAAUUUAAAAAACAGGUUUGAGACUGACCCAAAGGGGUGUUUGUACUAUCAGGUUUGUGAGUGUUUGAUAUAUUUACAUUUUCUGUUUUGUUGUUUCUUUUUUGUCUUGGACCUAUACACAAGCACUUUGAAUUAGUAAUGUAGCUGACAGACAACAGCAAAAAUGAUGGGAAAGUAGGGUACAAAAAGACCAAAUUAUUGGCUUGUUACAAUGAUUGGGGGGAAAAGAUAUAUAUAAUGAAGAUAUCAGUGGCUGAUGGCUCAUUGUAUAUAAGAGUCAAAUAUUUAGCUGAACAAUGCAUGGCUUGUAGAAUAUGGGUGUUUUUCUUAACAGUAUGGCCAUAAAACUAUGCAUUUUAAUUUAAAAAAAUAAGAGUAUACUAUAUUUAGCUCCAAAAUGCCCAAACUGGUUGCUUGAGUACUUGGCAGACAGUUUAGAUUUUUCUGCUGUCCUAUCAAUUCUCGGAAAAACAUGCCUGAAUUUAAUGAGCAGCUUUGGGCAUUCUUGUUAGGAUGUAUGGUUAAGCAUCCAGCCCACACACUCACUUGGACUCCACAGGCAUAAUGUAUUCAUGAACUCCCCAUAGACUGCCAUAACACUAACAACCCCCCCUCCCCCCAGUAUUAAAAAACUUUAUAUUGUGCAUAUUUACGCAUGAUGCUUUAACUUUUAUUUAGUGUUAUUUUCACUAACUUUGUUUCAAUUCACAACUUGGGUUUAACUCAAGAUGCAACAAUGCAAGUUUUAUGUAGCUGCUUUUUGUUUCCGCUUUAGUGCUGCAUCACCGGUUUAUGCCUUUCUUGUGGACUUUUGUAUUUAUUUUAUUUUUUUUGAGGUAUUGACUGAAGCCGACAGCAUAAAUGAAGUUUCUUCAAUGGGUUUAAUCACAUUACUCACAGACCUCGUGGCCUUCUUUAAGCUUCAAAGCAUAUUGUAAAAUUUUCCCAAAUAUAAAAAACAACAAAAAUAAAUCCCUGCACACUGUAAAACAGAACUAGUCGUUGGAUCAAAGUAUGGUUGCAUAAAUGUAUAUAUUUUUUAAAGAAAUAUAUUUAUUAUAUAUGAAUUGUCAUGUUUGAGAAGGAACAAAGUUUUACUUCUGAUGUUUUUAACACUCCCAACACUGUUAUUGAAAUAAAAUGUAUGAAAUGUC